AUGGUAGACCGUUAUGGCAACGAUUUUUUGGGAUGGGAUGCUACUAAUCCAUAUGAUGAUGGCAUGUUGUCUAACUUUUCUCUGCAGCUUCCGGAGUCAUCGUGCGAUACGGUAGAUGAUUAUACGGAAACGAACCAAAUCCAAUUCAACGCUGCUCUACCCUCCUCUACUGAUGUUUUGGAAAACAGGCAGCUUCCCUCUCAGCCCUUCUCUGUAAAAUACUCAUCGAUGCCUCCUCCCAGUUCUUCCUUAUUUGCGCAAUCAUCAUCAACCACCACCACAACUUCAUCCAUAUCUUCCCGUUUUCUUCUGCUUCCAUCGAUUGAUUUUAGGAGCGACCACGCGUAAACGUCUCCUUCCAUCGGGUCCUUGCGUCCCGACCCUUCCCGUCAAGCGCUCGGAGACGGAGGAGAAGCGCCAGCGCCGCUUGGAGAAAAACCGCGAAAUCGCGAAGAAUUGCCGCAAGCGGAAGAAGGAGAAGAAGGAGGCGCUGGAGGAAGAGAUCAAAUACCUCAGCGAAGAGAACGCGCGGCUCCGCGUGCAGCUGAAGGACGAAACGGACGAUGAGACGCGUCGAAAGCAGCGGGUGG